AUGCACAAGUUCUUCCCUGCGCUCUCUCUGCGCUCUCUCUCCACACCUACCGGCGCCUUCGUCUGUAUCAGUCAAGCCUGGAUCGCUCACGGGCGCGAUAACACACCCACGCGAUUCAUCCUCAUGAGAACUCGCAGGGCCGGCAAGGCCGGGGCUCUGCCGGCUGCUGAGCCGGAGGAGGCGCGUCCCGCGGUGCGGGGAGCGAUAGGGGGCGUUCGAAAGAAACGCGGGGCCGCGGGCGGCAAGGCGGCGGCCGUCCUGACCAAACGAGUGACGCUUCGUGGGCGCACUGUGAGCAGCAGGGAGGGCAGGCCUGCGCAGCCGAGCGCCUCCCAGGAGCAGCCCGGACCUGGGUCCUCCAAUUCUGCACCAGCAGGACAGCAGCAGCAGCAGCAGCAGGCCGGGCAGCAGGCCGCCGCCGCGGCGGGUCGCCAGCAGGUGGCGGCGGCGGCGCGCAAGCGGCGCGGCCAGCUGGCGGCGGCCAAGUCCUCGGCUCCAAACAUAGAGGGGCUGACGACAGAGGCGCUGCAGGAGAUCUUCUUGCAUCUUAGAAAGGAGGAUGGAGAGCAGCAGAGCUACUGCAGGGAAACCCUGCCGCUGGUGUGCAAGCGCUUCCGCGACGUGCUGCGAGAGCCCAGCGCUGUGUGGGAGACGCUGCAUGUGGACUUCAUCCAGAAGGACCAGGCCCUGCUGUUCCCCGAGCUUUUUGAUGAGUCCGGCACCGAGCCGCUGACCUGGGGCCUGGACGGCACCUGCCGCCGCCUGCUGCACACUGCUGUGGAGCGCUGGACGGCGCCGCGCGCCGCCGCCGUCAAGCGCCUGGUCCUCUCCUUCUCGGCGCGCGACCAGACGCACAGCUUCCCCAAGACGGGGCGCGGGCUGCGGCCGCUGUUCAGCCUGCUGGGCCCCACGCUGCAGGAGCUCUACAUUGCGCACUGCUCAGACAUCUUCCACGCAGCUUCCUUCAAAGACCUGCCCAUGCUGCCGAACCUGGAGUCUGUGGCUGUCACCUUCAUGACUGGCAAGGUCCCCGCAGCCGACCUGGCCCCCCUGGAGCAGCUGCCCAGGCUGCGCUCGCUGACGCUGUCGGCCAGCCGGUCGGCGGAGGAGGGCGGGGAGCACUGCCUGGACGCCUUCCCAGACAUGCUCACCAGGCUGAAGGGCCUCACCUCGCUGGCGCUGUGCUCCCAGGGCAUCGCGGUGCUGCCCGGCCACAUCACCAAGCUGCGGUCGCUGGCCAGCCUGGAUGUGUCGGGGUGCCCGCUGUCCUUCCUGCCCGCCGUGCUGUGGCGCCUGGCCGCGCUGCGCCGCGUGCGCCUCAACGCCACCCACCUGGCGGUGUCGCUCGCGCACACCUGGGAGCCGCUGACUAAGCUGCCGGCGCUGGAGUCGAUUGAGCUGCGCGACUGCAACGCUCCCAGCCUGCCGCCGGCGCUGACAGGCCUGCACGCCCUGACCUCCCUGGAUCUCAGCGACAACAGCUUUGAGGUGGUGGGCUGGCAGGAGGAGGGGCUGCACGCCCUGCGCCUGCUGCUGCGCUGCUGCCAGCUGCCGUCGGUGCCGCCCGAGGUGGGCGCAAUCUCCCGCCUCACACACCUGGACCUGUCUCGCAACCAGCUGGUGGAGCUGCCGCCGAGCAUGAACGGGCUGGCUUCGCUGCGGGAGCUGGUGCUGGCUGAGCUGCCGGCCCUGGAGGUGGCUGACCUGUCCUUCAACAUCUACAUGGAGGCCGCGGCGUCGCUGCAGCCGCUGAUGCUGGGCGCCUGGAAGCAGAGCAGCAUCAGGUGGCUGCGGGGCCUGGUGCAGGAGCUGGAGCAGCAGCGGGCCGCCAGCGGCGGGGCGCGCCCCGUGGUGCUCUGGGACUGA